CUUAGACUGAUUCAAGAUGGCUGCGUAGUGCUUCGAAGUAACGCGGUUAAGAUGUCAACAUGUCACUUUUAAGAGCAUGUUCCUUCUUUAAGUGCGUCUCUCGGCGCAGUUUAUCAGAAAAAUGCGCAGUCGGGGUGUUUGUUGCGGAGUAUUGUCGACUGUGUAUGUCGGCGAGAAACGGUGCAGUGAGACGGAUAUCAGGAACUCCAUUUCACCUUCAAAGAAGAAAUGUUUUAUCUAUAUUCCCAAAGUCAGAUGAUGCAAAGAAACGUGUGCUUGAACAGUCUCAGUUGUUGGACGUUCUUGAGGCGAGAAUCCAGCAGCUCCAGUCUGACUUCGUUUUAGAUGUUCAGUUUAUUAAUGUUCCCUCCAGUGGAAGAGGCGUUUCAUCUGGUAGGACUCCCAGCAGGGGGUCACCUCAGCAAAAAAGUGACAAUGCCAAAUCCGGACAGAGUGCUACACAAGGAGCCUCCAAACAUCAGCCCAUCCGCUGGAUGGAAAAGUUAUCUCAGGAGGAGAAAAGUAAACUAAAGAGACAGCAGCGCCUUCAGCAGAAACUCCAGAAAAAACUCAAGAAAAGAUCACAAGAGACACUAACGAUUAAUCCUAUAGGUAGCAGCUUAAUCCCCCCUGGUACAACUAUGUCUUCAGCUUCAAGAGAGAGCAGAAGUGACAAGAAACUGUCAAGUGGACUUUCUGCUGCUGUUCCUUCACCAUUUGUUGAAAUAGCUGCUGCCGCAGGAAAAGCAGCAGCAGUGUCAAAGCAAGCAUCAAGACUAAAUCAGAGAGACUCAAAAACGAAGGUUUUUGAAAAAGGAGACAGUGAAAAGAGGAGUAUCGAUUCUCGGGGCAGGGAGGAGGGCCUGGCUGAGGUCAAGGAGCUUAAAAAACGUCUCAAUCAGCGAGUGCGUCCCAGGUCGUUUUCAGGUACCCCAGAGAUGCAGGAGCAGGGCAAUGCAAAAAGACCAUGUGAGGACAUCCAGUCUAGCAUCCGCUGUUACCUGGAGGCAUGCGUGUUUGUGGGGGAAAUUGAGCGCUCUCACAAUUUUCUGCUCAGUCAACACAGAACCGUGAAUCAACGUAAACAUCUCAACACGGAUGUUUACAACAUCGUAAUGAGGAUGUGGGCUAAGGAGGGCUCAUUACAUCAUGUUGGUAGCAUUUUUAUCCUGUUAGAAGAAGCUGGUCUGAAGCCAAACCGGGGCUCCUACGCUGCUGCUCUGGAGUGUAUGGGUCGUAGUCCAAACUGCUCACCAAAAGUCAUUACAAGGUGUUUAACACAAAUGGAGGUGGAUGGUAUCUCUGUAGAUGAGCUCUUCAGCCAAUGUGGGUUUCGACAAGACGAGAGGGACAUGCUGCUCAAAGCCAUUAACACCGUAUACCCCGGCUACAAACCCAGCCUGAACCUGCACACAGACCUGUGUUCUUCACCUCUGGUUCAGGACUUCUACACACAGAGGGAACACCACACCUAUCCCAAACUUGUCUUCACUCAAGCGGAGCUCCGGGAGCGUUUCAAGCGUCAGCUCAGUGUGGAGCGGGCCUGUACUGUCACCAUUGAUUCUGUGGAAGCUGCCAUGCCCGUCACUGCAAACAUGGCCAAAAUGAGGGGCCUGCUGGCAGAGCAGCGGGCGCAGUGGCAGAAGAUUCUCCUGCAGGCCCUCAGGGAGAGCAAGAUGAUCCUGGCUGAAACCAACACCAAGAACUACAGGCCUAACCUCUAUCCCUAUCUGUGUCUGCUGGAGGAUAGGGAGUAUGUUGACAUUAUGAUACAGAGUGUUUCCAACAUGCCUCCUAGUGGGGAAUUGCUGAAAGUCUUGGCCAGAGAUUUGGGAAACAGGGUCUACGCGAAGUAUUGUGUGCAACAAAAGUACCGGAAUGAGACUGUGGAAAAGCUGGGAACUAUUUAUGAUGCUUACACAGGACUUCUGGCUAAAGAUACCGAGGAGUGCAUCACCCUUCCCAGGGAGCAGUGGUGUAAACUGGAGGUGGAGCAGAGCUCGGGGCCGUCGCUGCAGGGAGGCGAAACGAGCUGGUCUCACAUCCUAACUCUUCAGCUGGGCACCUACAUGAUGGAUCUGAUGGUGAAGAACCUCAAAAUCAACAGUGACAUCCUGAACCCGGAGCACAACAGGACGCUCAUCCCCAUCCUCUACCACAUGUACACCUUCCGCAGCAUCAAACAGGUUGGCUUCAUCAAACCCCACCCCAUCCUGACUCAAAUGCAACAGGAGGCUGUGGAGAACAAGCUCACCUUUGAUUCCUACGUGAUGCCGAUGCUAUGCCCUCCUGUGCCUUGGACUUCCUUCAAGUUUGGAGCGUAUCUUCUCACACCGACUAAACUGAUGCGCAGCACGGAUGGAGCCACCCAGCAUGACCUGCUGCUGGAGAAAUGCCAGGACCUCCAUGCAGUCUUUGACUCCUUGAACCAGUUAGGAAACUGUGCCUGGAAGAUUAGUAAACCGAUUCUGGACACCAUUAUCUCGAUCUUUAAUGAUCGUGGUUCUGAAAAGCUGGACAUCCCUCCACCGCUGUCAGAAGCCCCUAAAAUCCCCCACUUCAACCCUCAGGACCCCACUUACACAUCCAGCGAGAAAGCCCUCAUGAAAAAGGAGGCGAUCAAUGCCAGAAAGAAAUAUGGCGAGAUGCACAGCCUGCGUACGGAUGCUCUCUAUAAACUCUCCAUUGCUCAUCACAUGCGCGAUGAGAUCUUCUGGUUCCCUCACAACAUGGACUUCAGGGGACGCACCUACCCAUGUCCUCCUUACUUCAAUCACCUUGGAAGUGAUGUGACACGGGCGAUGCUCGUGUUUGCAGAGGGGAAGCCUCUCGGUCCAAAAGGCCUGGACUGGCUGAAGAUCCACUUAGUCAACCUGACGGGGUUAAAGAAGAGGAGCUCACUGCAGGGACGUCUGGACUACGCCAACACUAUAAUGGAAGACAUCCUGGACUCUGCAGACAACCCUUUGAAUGGUAAGAAGUGGUGGAUGGAAGCAGACGAGCCAUGGCAGGCGCUGGCCUGCUGCAAGGAGAUAGCCAACGCAGUCAGAUCACCUGAUCCAUCCCAGUUCAUCUCUCAUUUCCCUGUCCACCAGGAUGGCUCCUGUAACGGUCUCCAGCACUAUGCUGCCCUUGGCAGAGACACUAUUGGUGCCACGUCAGUCAACCUGGUGCCCUGUGAAGUGCCCCAGGAUGUGUACAGCGGAGUAGCACAGCAGGUGGAGGAGCUGAGAGCUAAAGAUGCAAAGAAAGGCCUGAAGAUCGCCCAGGUGCUGGAGGGCUUCAUCAACAGGAAGGUGGUGAAGCAGACAGUGAUGACUGUGGUGUACGGAGUCACUCGCUUUGGGGGACGCCUGCAGAUACAGAAAAGGCUAAAGGAGACUGAUGAAUUCCCCCAGGAGCAUGUUUGGGAAGCAUCUCAUUAUCUGGUGCGUCUGGUCUUCAACGGCUUAAAGGAGAUGUUUACGGGGACCAGAGAGAUCCAGGAUUGGCUGACAGAAAGUGCCAGGCUUAUCUCCAAGUCUGGCCACACUGUGGAGUGGGUGACGCCCCUGGGUUUACCCAUCAUUCAGCCUUACCACCGCAAACGCCGCCAAUUGCUGAAGAGCACCAUACAAAACAUAUACCUCGAAAUCACCCAUGACACCACAGAGAUGCCUGACACCGUUAAGCAGAAGAACGCGUUCCCGCCUAACUUCAUCCACUCUUUGGACUCCACACACAUGAUGCUGACUUCGCUCCACUGCUACAGUGCCGGCCUGACAUUCGUCUCGGUUCACGACUGCUUUUGGACCCAUGCCCUCACCGUGGACACCAUGAACAAGGUCUGCCGGGAACAGUUUGUGGCCCUCCACAGCCAGCCGAUUCUGCAGAUGCUGUCCAAAUUCCUGCUGCAUAAAUACUGCGCAGAACCCCCGACUGAAGUCAAGAGCAAGAAGUAUCAGGAGUACAAGAUGUUGAUGUUGCUGCUGGCCAACGUUCCCCGGACAGGUGAUUUUGAUGUCCAGCAGGUAAAAGAAUCCACUUACUUCUUCAGCUGAGCGGGUGAGCCAGCACCGAGAGAUGAGUGGAAUUGACAGUGAGCAGCAGGGAGGCUGCAGGCCCCAGAGUCUGGAUGGGGUUUUGUCUCCAGACAGACACGAGGACAUUGAUCUGGCCAUGCCCUGCCUGCCUCCUGCUGCCUUCAACUGGAGCUGCUGAAGACGUUCGCACACAGCGACCUCACCUGAUUAACUGACUUGUAGACUGAUGGAAUGGUGGGUGGGCGACUCAUCCAGGCGAAAAAUGAGAGACGGCAUCGGAUGGGAAUGCUAAGACUUCAAUUACUGAAAAAACACGUCUGAUGGCAGAUACUUAGGUUAAUAUGUGUGACAUUUGCUGUAAUGAAUCACGUGUGAACUUCUGCUCCUCAGUUGCACUGAGAAGAAACUUUUUGUUGCCGGAAACUGAUUGUGCGUGAGUUUUAAAUCUGUAAAAACCUCCAGGAGCUGACCCGCCUCUACAGCCAUCCCACCCAAUCAUCCGUCGCCUAUAGCAUGCUCUUCGACACAAACGUCUUCAAAAAAGAGACUUUUUAAAUGAAGUUAGGUUGUUUUGUUUUGUUUUUUUCUACUGAACCAGCGAUACGCGACCCUGACGCAGGAGAAAUUAUGAGUCAAAGGUCUCUGAUAUAACAGUUUCCCUGAAAUAAACACGCUUCUUAAAAUCUCUCUUUAUUCAUUCAGGUCUAAAGAAAAACAAGCUGUUAUUCUUAGCGUGCCUAAGUGGGUUGAGUGAGACAGCCUGUUAUUUAGCCAUAUCUGCAUAUUUCCAUUUUGCUGUGUACCGUGAGAUGAAGGCCGCCUGUUAGAUGCGCCAACAAAGGCUUCGCAGGCUUCACUAAUCAACUCGGAUCUUAUUUUUCUGGGCCAGCGCCACAUCCAGAAGUAAAAAUAGCAAAAGUGCUAUCUGAUCGUGGCUGGAGACGUUACAGCAGCUUCAGACAAAAGGUGUUGCUGAUGUUCAGAGGCAAAGCGCCGGCGCCACCAAACAAAACUGGCUGAGCGACAAUGUAAUGAAACAGAAAUAGUCUUGGAGGGGGCAUAAACUGGGCUUAUCAGACUGUGGGGGUUUAAAUGAUUUGCAUGGCCCCGUCAUCUAUGAUGUGACGGAGAUGUAAGUUUGAUCCAUAGACAUGCAUAUUCGUUUCUGGACGGAGCAACGCCCAUUCCUCUCAUAUUUCUAAAUGUUUGAAAAUGGGAGGUUCCCGCCACCGCCAUUUUGGCCGAGUCACGUCUCGUCAUGCCCAGACAAUCCAAAGAUGAGAAAGGGUGGGAACAAAUGAGCCACUGUUGCUUACUAUCUAGCUGAGCUAACCCCCAAAGCUAGACGGAGCUCCGGGGCAGCCGGCCUGUGAGACGGUGUGAGGCUGUGUUCAUGCCGGUCGUCUAAUACGGAUUGUUAAAAAUUAGGGCUGAACAAUUUAGAAAAAUUAUCUAAUAGCGAUAUUUUUUCUUCAAUAUUGCUAUUGCCAUUUAAAUUGUGAUUAUUUUCUCAAGGGGCUUUUUGCGUAUUUUUCAACUAACACAAGCAAAGCUAUUCAUCAGUGUAUUACUAUAAACAAUAUAGAAUGUAUUUUGCAUACAUUAUUCAGCUCUGUCAGUGAUCUUUGCCAGCUGAAAGUUUGCUUACUGGAAGCUGAAGCACGGGCAGCUAGCAUUUUAGCCAUGCAACUGUCGCGUACGGUGGUGUGAUGUGUUUUAGGUGUUGAUAAAGGUUUAUAGUGUUACCUUGUGAGGUAGAGACAUUAGCAAGUCAGGUUCUGCACAAUACCUGACGUUGUGCAGCAUCUUCUUUUUUAUAGCCAAAAUAUUUCCACACACCUGAUGUGCUAGUCCUCUUUGGUACCCAACUUUGUGCAGCGUUGGAUUCUGUUGAACCUGAGGCUAUUUUAUAACCAGUUCAAGCGCAGCAUUUCCCUGCCUUGUUUGAGAUGCUCGCAAGUCACGUGACUUUCCCGGGUCUCGUGACCAGUCAAAUCGCAACCUUUGCGAUUAACAAAUCUCAUUUGUAACAUUGCGUAUGCAGUUAAUCGCUCAGCCUUAUUAAAAUUACAAACAGAGCCUCAGACCGCUGCGAUCAGAGCCCUGGCAAUUUUAACAUUGUUAAAUACAUUAAAAUAAACAGUUUGAAAUUAGCUAGAGUUUAUAUAAAUGUCUUUGACUGAUUACAGUGUAGCGUAAUGGUUGAUGGCUCUUUUAUGAAAGAUGAACCAUUCUACAUAAUAAUCUGGAAUAUUAAUUUUUACAAACUAAUAACCAAAUGUUAUAGAGAUAAGAAGACUCAAAGGUUGUUUUCAUCGAUAAACUGACGAUCAUAUCCGUUUGUCUGUGUUUCAGUUCAAUGAAAAGUUUAAGACUCUGUUUUAUUAUGACUAGACUGUGGGUUGAAGUCCUUCUUCUGGAGACCAGGUGUUCGGUUGUUGUAGAAUUCUUCAGACUUGCUGGCGGCAAAGGUCUUGAUCUGUGGGUGAAGGUGCUGCGUGACCCAGCAUUGGCCCAGCCGGGCAAUUACGACCUUUGGCACAGAAAACCCAUACUUCCUCACGUUACAACAGGUAGUUUUCAAUGCAUAAACAGGUGUAACAUUUAAUUGAAAAAGGUUUAGAUAAACAUUCAGUGUGGGGUGCUUAGACCACCUUCUGGCAGUGUCUACAGUUAGAGGUCAAUAAACCUUCAAAAUAAAAUUAUGGAUUGAGUAUAUUGAUUCAUAUUUUGCAUCUAAAUGUGCCAUUAACUGUGAGUCAACAUUUUUUAGAUUUGGGUGGUUACUAUAAGUUAUCAACUCACAUUUUACAUCUGCAACAAAAAUAAAAGUAAAAAUACAGGACGGGAGCACUCUGGUCUCUAAUUAUUCCUUUCAUGCUAGCAGGACCGAUGUUUCAACACUAGUGUGUC